AAAUGUUGAUGAUAGGUAUAUUAUGUCUUGUUUUAUUGCUACAUUUUGCGACUUUUCAUGAAUAAAGAAGAAGCAAGUUUGAUUGUUUACUCUGCGGAUGAAUCUCAUGCCCGAGUCCCGCACGGCAAGCACUUGCGCUUCCCCAACAUGGCGGCCAUGGUUUCUGUAUGAGGAACAUUUUACAUCUUUGACAUCGAAUUUUGCACAAAUAUGAAGCGCCAGCAAGACAGAGAGACUCCCACAAAGAGUAAACGUUCCAGAUCGAGUGCUGAAGGGCGCGAUAGGAGCUCCCGUGAUCGUGGGAGCCCGGACCAUGAGCGUGAGGGCCGGGGAAACAGCAAGGUGAGCUCUCGAAGUAAAGACCGACCCAGUUCCGAGGAAAGGACUCGAGACAAACGCUCCCGUGACGACCGUUCCUACGAAGGAGAGUUUCGCAGGAGCAGUCCCAAUGCCGGUAAGGGUGACAGACUUCCAGAUUACAGGUCUUUGUGCGUCAGUAACUUUGGAUCGCACCUUUCUGAGUCCGCGAUCAGAGACGGUGUGUUCCACGAGUUCAAAAAAUAUGGGGAGAUCAACGUGAAGGUAGGGUUCAGAGGGGACGAGCGCGUAGCCUAUGUCAACUUCCGCUUCCCACAGGAUGCAAAGGACGCCAAGAAAGGCAAGCUUAAGCUCGUCUUGUUUGAUAGAAGCUUGCGUGUUGAGCCUGUGUUCAGUCCGAACAAGUACACCCUCCAUACAAACAAACGGGAACGUCGGAGUUUGACCCCGGAGUUUUCCAGCCCUUCCUACCCUGCCAGCCAACGUGACGGCCGCUCACCUGUCCCUGGUAGAAGGGUCAGCACACGGCAUGGGAGUCUCACACGAGACCUGCCGCCCAGGGAGAGGUUUGAUGAGUUUGAUCCCGGUCCUAGAGGCCGGUUGUAUGCCAACAAUGAUCGUUACCCGUACGACAUGCUACCUGAGGAUGAUCAGAGGGCCACCAGAACCUUGUUCGUGGGGAAUCUGGAGUACAACAUAUCGGAUACUGAGUUGAGACGUGCGUUUGAACCCUUUGGGUAUAUUGAGGAUAUAGACAUCAAGCGACCAAUGCGUGGCCAGGGUAAUGCUUAUGCGUUUGUGAAGUUUACAAACCUUGAUGUGGCACACAAGGCUAAGUUAGCAAUGCAGGGCCAACCUGUUGGUAGGAACCCGUGCAAGAUUGGGUAUGGCAAGGCACUGCCUACAACUUGUCUGUGGGUCGGGGGUCUUGGACCCUGGACGUCACUCGCAGUGUUGGAACGAGAAUUUGACCGUUUUGGAGCAAUCAGGAAAAUUGAUUAUGUGAAGGGUGAUAACCAUGCAUACAUAUUGUACGACAGUUUGGAUGCUGCGCAAGCUGCAUGGACGGAAAUGAGAGGAUUUCCGUUGGGAGGGCCUGACCGUCGUCUGCGUGUUGAUUUCGCCGACCCUGAAGGUGCACUUCGGUACCCAGCAUUUCCCCCUGACCGCCGUCCUCCCGGCCGCGAUGAAUUGAUGGUUGAGUUUGACCACCGUGAUUUAGACCGACGUGGUAGUCGGGGAUUGACACCCCCUCCUAUGUAUGCUAACCGUGGGAAUAGUUUUGAUGACCGAGCCUGGCAUGAUGCACGUAGGGGAGGAUUUCGCCAGUUUGAUGGACGCGGGGACCAUCCCAGGACUAGGGAUGACUGGCAAGAUCGUAACAAUGGUGGAAUCCAUCGUGACAUGCGCGAUUGGGAACAAGACCGGAGCCGUUCGGAUGGGUUGGACGGGGGAAGAAACAGUGGCAGCUAUGGUGACAAGCGGAGACGUUCUCCCAUGGAUAAUUUUGAUUCCCGUGACCGAGAUCAGACUCCAGAGCGCAACAGGAAGCUGCAACAGCGUUCGCGUUCACGCUCGCCCCGUUCUGGUUCUGCCAAGGGUAGCCCCAACAACCGUGAUCGUGGUCGUUAUACGGGAUAUGUAAGUCCUGACAGAAGAGGUUACUCACCAAACCGCAAACAUUCCGUGGAGGAUAACUCCCCCAAGGGCGCUCGAGACUCAAAGCGCCGCCAUUCCCAAAGCAGUGAGGACCGCUUUAUGGACCGGAAUGACAACGACGACCGAGACAGGAUUGACAAAGACCACAAGACUCACCGUCAUGGACGACGACUCGACAGUGCGGAAGAACGUGCCAAGGCCGCUGCUCUGAGAAAGGCAGAGAAUCUGAAUGAAGUGGCAAAACAUUGCUCCGCAGUGUGGAAUGGAGCACUUGUGUUGAAGAAUAGUGCUUUUGGUACCAAGAUGCACCACCUGGGAGGGGACAGCAGCAUCGUGGAGAGUCUCUUGCUCGACAGGACAGCUCAAACACCUGUGCUGAAAAUCACACAGCGUUUGCGACUGGACAUGCCCAAAUUGGAGGAAGUGACUCGAAGGAUUGAGUCCUCCGGGAUGGAGGGGCACUGUCUCCUGUUAGCUUUACCUUCGUCAGGACAGUUUGAGGACCCAACACUGCCAAGCCAACAGCGACCCUUGCGCAAUCUGGUUUCAUACCUCAAGCAGAAGCAGGCGGCUGGAGUCAUCAGUUUGCCUGUGAACGGAGGCAAGGACAAGAACAACGUGGGCGUGCUUCACGCGUUCCCACCCUGCCAGUUUUCUCAGGGCCAGUUACGCCGACUGGCACCCAACCUGCCACAGCACCCAAGUCCAGAGGAUCACUUGGUGGUGAUUAUUGUGCGGGGAUGUGCAUAAAGAUUACCCUGCGGGAGUUCUGCUUGGAUGUAAGAUGUUGUGGCCAACCUGUAGAUGUGUUCAUCAAGUAUCUACCCUACUGUCUUGUGGUGAUUGAUGAAACGUUAUGGCAGUACGAUUUUGUAUUUACAAUCAAGUGCGUAGCAUCGAGUUUUCUUCUCUACAGCAACCACCAGGAUUUAUCAUUGAAUGAAGAACAAACCGAAGUGGAAGUCUUCAAUCGCCAAAUGUGUUAAUUCCCAUGGAAUAACUGUGCAGAGGGAACUGAUUAGAACAGUGUGUUCAAAUGGUUCGAGUGUUGGAACAAGGCAGAGAAAAUCACUGAUUGGAAAUUCUACAUCUGUGUUUCCCACGUGUGUUGUCAAUUUUUCAACUUCUGCUGCAAUUUGUAUGCCCGAGUAGUGGAAAGAGAUCACAUGCGAGGCAUGUCUCCUAUACCUCAUCAAAAUACAGCACCGUAUGCUCACUCUGUGCACAGAAUGUCAAUGCGAGAGUGUAGAAAAUUGUGUCUAAUGGAAGCACAUCAAGAUGAAUUUAGGAAUCACAUGUUAAUUAUCAGAACUGCUGCAACGUGACUUACGGAGUACAAGCUGCAAGUUCAACUUUUGGAAUUCUAUGAUACCUGACAAAAAUUAAAUUUCUUCAAUCGGGACUGUUAACAGCUUUGCAUGCUGUUUGGAGGAUAGAGUCGUGCAACAAGUCAAGGAUUCACACAUUGGAAGUCCAUAUUGGUAACAGAUUAUGCAUCUUAAUCGGGUGUGAAAAUGAAGCUGUAUUCAAACAGGACAUGCAGUGUGGACUGUGGCUAUGGAAGGAAAACUUCUGUGUUAAUGUGUGCCCAAAUCUCAUCACUGUAAAGACGUCUGAUGGAAUUGCAAAAGACUGAAUCUGUGCAACAAAGUGCCUAUCUUGAAAAAGGAAUACAAAUUCUCUCUUGAAAUUGCCCAAACAGCCAAACCAGUUGAAAAAUCUGUAAGCAGAGGACAUUGUGAGCCCUCUGUGUGCCACGCCCCUAAAAUGUUGUCUUAGUACCCUGGCUUCAAAACAAAAGGUGAAACAAAAGGACUAUGGGAAUACUGUAUUGCAAGAUCCAAGUGAAGAUCAGGAAAUUGAGUCGUCAUGCAGUAGGAAAGUGCAGUAAUCAAAGAACUUUGAAACAACAACAUCGUGGAAUGUGACAAUUUACAAGGUGGUGUUGAAGGAAGCAGUUUUCAAAAUCUCAGCAUUAUGGCAGUGUAGAAAAUGGGAUAUCUGGAAUGGAGUUGUAAUACUACUGGAGUAUUUGAUAUUUCUUGAUAUGUAGAGUUCAUGGAGUUUUGAAAGCUUCCUUUAUCACUACUAGUAAAGGUUGUCACAAUGUAUGUUCAAUACAAUUGUACUACUGUAUGAUGAUAUGUACAGCAAGAUGGUCACCAAUGAGGUUGGGCAGGAAGGUGGUGUCUGAAAUGGAAGGAUUACUGUCACAUGCAUAUGAACUAUGUCUUAAGAAUGUCCUGAUUGUCUGUUGCUAUAGUGAUGAUGUUAUAUAGAUCACGUUAUGUAUGUCAGAAUAAGGUUUAUGCAAUACAGUCAUGCAGAAUCUGUGGAAAGUGUACUCUGAAAAUCACACUGAAGGGUAGAUGAAAGAUAUUAUUUUAUGCAACUGACUGUAUUUGUAUACACAAUAACCAGACUGAACAUCCUGAAAAUCAAAGAUCAGGGUCACAUUGAUGUGGGUGUUUACGGUAUUGUUUGUAUCAAGAUGACAUUCAUAAAAAAAAACAAGUCAGAGAAAUCUGAAAACUGCACAAGACUUCUCGGUUUGGUACAUUUGUGUGUACAAAUGUAAGAUUAUGCAAUCCUGGACAAUUGCCACUGACAUUAACAAGCAGGGCUUGGUAUUUUCCCAUCUUUAUGUAUCCACAUGGACUUUUUGUAACAUGAAAUGUUGCCCAUGAAGAUGUACAAUGUAUUUUGCUUCUUUUGUAUGUGGAUGAUAGGACUGUUUGUUCAAUAAUUGAUAUUGUGAGAUUUACAACAAGAUGGGUGGUAUUGAGCAUUGUUAAUAGUCGGAAUUCUCCUGUGUUUUGUACUUUCUCAAAAAUGUACAAUUUUAUGACACAUUCAAUGUUACCUUAUUGGCAACUUUUUACACAUGGUGGUUUGAUACUUUGUCAGUUUCCUUGUGCAAGUACCAUCUUUGCAAUGUGUCGAAGUACAUUCAUUAGACAAGCCAGACAACAAAUUGACUGUUAAUGUACAAGAUUAUUUCACAUGCAGAUGAUACUAAAGAGGCUCAGAUGGAUUGAAAUGAACUGUGAUGGAGUAGUACAGCCUUGUGUAAAACUAGGGUACUGAUGUGGACUGAACCACUGCUAUGAAAGGGGUGAAUGUCUUAAGAAGACAAAUUGUUCUGAAAUGAUGAUCAUGAUGGUUGCUUGUAUAGAGCAUGGAAAUUAUUUUUAGAGACCAAUGGACAUUUUAGUUGGAAGGCUGUGUUUUGUAGGUGUAUUUUACAGGGCUGAAGGUGUGAUGUGUAGGACUUCCUCAAUUGAUCUUGUCCCAAAUGUAAUCAUAGAUCCUUCCUACCCAUCCUAUCCAUAUAGAAAUUAAAGCAUGCAGAUGAGAGA